GUAAAACAUCGUAUAAUUUGAAACAGAGGGAGUACAGAGAAACAUAUGAUAAUCUUCUCUUGAAGUGGACUCUGACACAUGUAUAUGUGUGUUUCUCCAGAGGAUCAAAAGAAAACAGAUCAUCUUCUUGCACUUGACGGUGCAAGAGAAAGACUUCAAUUAUUCAAAGCAAGUCUUUUAGAAGAAGGUUCUUUCGAGCAUGCAAUUGAUGGAUGUGACGCUGUCUUCCACACCGCUUCACCAGUCAAAAUCAUUGCCACUGAUCCACAGGCUGAGCUGAUAGAACCAGCCGUCAAGGGAACUAUUAACGUACUAGCAACAUGCACUAAAGUGUCUUCUGUCAAGAGGGUCAUUUUAACGUCGUCCAUGGCCACACUUCAUUCUCCUAACUUCCCCUUGGGACCAAACGUCUUACUAGACGAAACAACCUUCUCUGAUCCAAGUGUCUGUGAGGAGGAAAAGCAAUGGUAUAUACUCUCCAAGACUUUGGCCGAAAAUGCGGCAUGGACGUUUGCCAAGGACAACAACUUGGACUUGGUCGUAAUGAAUCCAGGACUCGUUAUUGGACCAGUCCUACAACUAACUAUUAAUUUCUCAGUAGAUGUGGUUAUAGAUUUUAUAAAAGGUAAGAACACUUUUAAUAGGAAGCAUCAUAGACUUGUGGACGUGAGGGAUGUUGCUCUAGCUCAUAUCAAGGCGCUCGAGACUCCUUCAGCCAAAGGCAGAUACAUCAUUGAUGCUCCGAUUGUCACAACGGAGGAGAUUGAGAAAAUCUUACGUGAAUUCUUUCCUGAUUUGUGUAUUGCUCAUGAGAAUGAAGAGAUUGAUUUGAAUUCGAUGACUUACAAAGUAAAUGUAGAAAAGGUGAAAAGUUUGGGGAUUGAGUUUACUCCUACAGAAACAAGCCUUAGAGACACUGUUCUUAGUCUCAAGGAGAAACAUCUUGUGUGACCAUCCCCUUUUGUUAACAAAAGGCAGUAUGAAUAUAUGCUUUUGUGUUUGUUUUUAUUUAUAAUCAUAGCAUAUAUACUCUAAAUGAUUAAAUACUCCCUUUGUUUUAUACUGUAAACAGUUUUACCUAAAAAAAGCAUGUUAAUUAAGAAAGUUG